AUGUCCAUGGCCGACGCCAUAACGAAUGACAUGCUUAUCCCAGACGUCGCCUCCAACUUCUCAGAAUGGAUUGAAGGAAACAACCAGAUGGAGUCGUUCGGCCUCAGCCCACGACAAAGGCAGUGUAUCCCUGUUCGAACGGUCAAAGAUGUUGUCCUCAAGGAGAUACAUGCGUUCCCGGCGGCUGCUGUCGCGGCAAUGCCCAACAGUGUGGCUCAAGCAAAUGUUACUUCCCAUCCUCCCAAAUCUGCUGUCCUAGUGGUAUUGCCUGUAAGAAAGGGCAGAACUGCGUCGACGGUGGCUGCUGUGAAAGUGGCGAGUCGAAGUGUGGCUCGUCUGGGUGUUAUAAUCCCAAGACAUCCGUCUGUUGCGGAAGCUCGAGCAUACACUGCCCCAAAGGCUACGAUUGCAUGCCGGGUGGUGGAUGCUGUCCAGCUGGUCAGAAGCGAUGUGGGAAUAGCAAGUGCUACGAUCCUAAGAAAGCAAACUGCUGCACUGGGCCUGGAACUGUUUGGGCUUGUGAGAAGGGCAAGGAGUGUUGCUCAAACGGAUCUUGCGCGAAUUCUUCGACAGAGAAAUGUUGCAAGAAUGGGGCGUGUCAAGAAGGAACAACUUGUUGCGAGAAUGAAUGUUGUCGAUCGAAUGGCUACUGUGCAUCCGACGGAUACUGUAAAGCAUGCCCUGCUGCUACAAGAACUGUCUCGUCGACCGACACAACUACCAAAACUGUGA